AUAUUCAUCAACUAAGUUGCAAAUUAAUCAUUUAUAAAAAUGAAGAUCUUCCUUCUCUUUUUUGUUACACUUUUAGCAACAUCUCAUGGUGAUGUUCCAAACCAUGAACAUGGUUCAACCAACAAAAUAUUCCCACUCCGAACAAAAACAGGUCCAGGUGGACACUAUAUUCCAAAAGUAUCAUGUUCUAGUUGGAGACUUGGUGUUGAAGCACACAACGUAAUUAAUUGGAAAACUGUUCCUCUAGAAUGUGGAGAAUAUGUUGGUAACUAUUUGUUAGGUGAUCAGUAUAGAGCAGACUCUAAAACUGUUAACCGUGAAGGUUAUUAUUAUGCUAAGUCUCUUAAUAUAAGUGGAGAUGGAAAAGAUAUAUGGGUGUUUGAUAUUGAUGAAACUUCACUAUCUAAUCUUCCAUAUUAUGCUAAACAUGGUUUUGGGGUGAAUCCAUACAAUGAUACAUCAUUUAAUGAAUGGGUUGAACUUGGCAAAGCACCAGCACUGCCAGAGUCACAGAAAUUAUACAAAAAAUUGUUGUCUCUUGGUGUGAAGAUUGUGUUCUUAACAGGAAGACCACUCAAACAAACGGAUAUAACUGCUAAGAACUUGAAACUUGCUGGAUAUCACACAUGGGAAAAACUUAUUUUAAAGGAUUUAUCAAUAUAUCAUGGUAAAACAGCAGUUACAUACAAAUCAAGUGAGAGAAAGAAGUUAGAAAAAGAAGGAUACAGAAUUAUUGGAAACAUUGGUGAUCAAUGGAGUGAUAUUCUUGGAACAAACACUGGCAAUAGGACUUUCAAGCUCCCUGAUCCCAUCUACUACAUCGCUUAAUUAAUUAAGUUCUCUAUCCCAUGGGUUAAAUAAUUAGCUACUUAUAUCAAAUGGAUUUUCUUUUUCUAUUUGAGAUUCCUAUCAUGUAAUCCAUUCUGAGCUAGCUAAUUUUGUAUUUUCUCAAAUAAUGUUAACAGUGUUACAUGAGAAACAUUAGCUUUCUCUUAACUUAGUGGUUUUAAUUAUAAA